AUGGCGACGACCACCUGCUCCGUCAGCGGCAUAGAGGACCUACUUGGCAAGGCAGGGCUGCACACUCCCGUGCCCGAGUUCCCUGGCGCCGACAUUGUGCACAACCCCCAGGACAUCUUCCGAGUUUAUCUCGCCGAUACGCUGCAGAGGCUGGUCGACUGCGAUAGAUUGGUCGCCUAUGAAGCCAUCCAGCCGUCCAAUGUUACCGGGCAAGGGGACCUCGUGAUCGUGUCCCCGAGGCUUAGACUCAAGGACGUCAAGCCCAAGGACCUAGUUCUAGAUCUCGCCCACAGAUUACCCAGGUCGCCGCCUUUCGCAUGCCCCAUCAAGGACGGUAUCCAUCUGCGCGUCUUCUCAUCGCCCAACACAUUGUCCCGCCUUCUCCUACCUUACAUCCAUGACAGGUGCGCCUCAUAUGGAUAUGACUCAUCUCUCGGCCUUGCCGAUGCAGCUGCGCCUGAUGGGCCGAAGAAGAAGGUCAUCGUCGAGUUCUCGUCGCCCAAUAUGGAGAGCGAGUUCCUGGUGUCCCACCUGCGCAGCACAUUGGUCGGUUCAUACGUGGCCAACAUCCAUACUAGCAUGGGAUGGGACGUUGUCAAGAUGAACUACCUGGGGGAUUGGGGCAAGCAGAUUGGACUCCUUGCUGCAGGAUGGCAGAGGUUUGGCUCUGAAGAAGAGUUUGCGAAGCAACCACUCCGUCACUUGCUCGAAGUCAACCACAAGAUCAAGGAGCUUUUCAAGCCGGAGCACGAACAAGUCAAAGCGGCGAAGGCUGAAGGGAAGGAUGCCAGCGAGAUCGAGUCGCGGGGUCUACAUGCUGAGAGGGACGUCUUCUUCAAGAAGAUGGAGGACAAGGACCCCGAAGCCAUUGCGCUCUGGCAGCGGUUCCGCGACGCAACUGUGAAAGACUACACGGAUUCCUAUGCGCGGCUCGGAGUCACAUUUGACGAGUACUCGGGGGAGUCCCAGGUCAGCGCGGAAUCAAUUGCCGAAGUUGAACAAGCCCUGAAGGAGAAGGGCGUAUACGAAGAACACGACGGGUCCUGGAUGAUCGACUUUACCAAGCAUGAGGCGAAGGGACUUUCAACCACCGUGGUGCGUUUUCGGAAUGGGACGACUUCAUACCUGUUGCGUGACCUUGCUGCUGUCCUUGACAGGUACAAGGCACACAAGUUCGACAAGAUGAUCUACGUCGUCGCUAUGGAACAAGAGAUGCACUUCCAUCGGGUUACAAAGUGUCUUGAGCUGAUGGGAAGACAAGACCUCGCGGAGUGCAUCCGGCACGUUGCAGUCGCCAAGAUCAAUGGGCUGCCGGACCAGUUCAAGGAUGCCAAGUUGUUGAGCGACUACCUGGAUGGCUGUCACACUGUGAUGCAGACCAGUAUCGACGAGGAGACGGAGGAACCCCUUUUUGUGGACAAGACUGACAAGUCGGUGGAUCUUCUUGGGCUUUCUGGUCUUUUUAUCCAGGAUUUCACUCACAAGCGGACGACGCCAUACGCUGUGGACUCCAAGAAGAUAACAUCGCUUGUUAGCGAAUCUGGCGCGGCGAUCCAGAACUGUUAUGCCAGGUUGACCUCAAAGUUGGGUGAAACGCCAGGCGAGGUCGACUAUGCAACGCUGGACUACGCUGCCCUGGAGGCGGAGGACUACGCCGAGCUGCUGCGGAUCAUGACACAGUAUCCCGAUGUAGCACAGUUGUCCUUCAAGAGUCUUGAGCCGUCUCUCAUCAUUACCUACCUGCUCCGGCUUGUCGAUCAAGUCAUGAUGACGCUCGACGACGACAAUGAGCAGGAUUGGGCGGACAAGGAUGAAACAAAUAAGGCGAGGAUGGCCUUGUAUGAGAAUGCCAGACAGGUAUUUGAGAAUGGCUUGAGAGUGCUGGGUGUCUCUCCAUAUAGUUCAUGA